CCGCUCGGGAGGCUCGGAAGUGACGCAACGCCUCCCAGAAUCCUCUGCGCUUCCUUUUUCCCGGCGGUAGUGGCCGUCGUAAGGUGAGCUCUGAAAAUGGUCCGCUACUCGCUCGAUCCAGAGAAUCCCACAAAAUCAUGCAAGUCAAGGGGUUCCAAUCUUCGUGUCCAUUUCAAGAACACACGUGAGACUGCCCAAGCUAUCAAGGGUAUGCACAUCCGGAAAGCCACCAAAUACUUAAAGGAUGUAACUCUGAAGAAGCAGUGUGUUCCAUUCCGGCGUUACAAUGGUGGAGUUGGCAGAUGUGCACAGGCCAAGCAGUGGGGAUGGACGCAGGGCCGUUGGCCAAAGAAGAGUGCCGAGUUCCUCCUGCACAUGCUCAAAAAUGCUGAGAGCAAUGCUGAGCUGAAGGGUCUGGAUGUCGAUUCGCUGGUAAUUGAGCACAUCCAGGUUAACAAAGCCCCCAAAAUGCGCAGGCGCACUUACCGAGCUCAUGGACGGAUCAAUCCAUAUAUGAGUUCUCCCUGCCACAUUGAGAUGAUCCUCACAGAAAAGGAGCAGAUUGUCCCUAAACCAGAAGAAGAAGUUGCUCAGAAGAAGAAGAUAUCCCAAAAGAAAUUGAAGAAGCAGAAACUAAUGGCUCGGGAAUAAAUAUUGAUGUAAUUCACAAAUAAAACUACAGCUUGAUUUAACACA